AUGACGAUCGAAGUCCAACCUCCGCCCCCGUCGCCUACAGCUCCGGCUGCACCUAUCUCGGCCAUUAUGGACGCCGAGAUUGACUACGAGGGCCUCGGAGAGAACUACCCCCUUCAUAUUAACAUGAUCGCUGGCUCGCUCGCAGGUAUCACGGAGCACGCUGUCAUGUUCCCGGUGGACCUUGUUCGCACCCGUAUGCAAGUCCUGAACGCCUCGCCCGCCGCAACCUACUCUGGCAUGACCGAGGCGCUUACCCGCAUCAGCUCCGUCGAGGGCUUCAAGGGCCUCUGGAAGGGCAUCGCCUCGGUGAUUCUUGGCGCCGGCCCUGCGCACGCGCUCUACUUUGGUACUUACGAGCUGGUCAAGGAACACACCGGCGGUAACCGUGAAGGACUGCAGAUUCUGAGCACGGGUGUUGCCGGUGCUGCCGCGACGAUCACCUCGGACGCUUUCAUGAACCCCUUUGAUGUUAUCAAGCAGCGCAUGCAGCUGCAAGGCAAUAACUUUAGCUCUAUCGGGCAAUGUGCCCGCGAGCUGUACAAGACGGAAGGCCUGCGUGCCUUCUACGUGUCGUACCCCACGACGCUGACCAUGACUGUUCCCUUUACUGCGAUCCAGUUUGCCACCUACGAGUGGGCCAAGAAGCUGCUGAACCCUUCGGAGAAGUACUCCCCCAUGUCGCACGCUCUUGCCGGUGGUUUCGCCGGUGCGGCUGCUGCUGCUCUGACGACGCCUCUCGAUGUCGCCAAGACACUACUCCAGACUCGUGGCUGCAGCCCCGACGUGGAGAUCCGGAAUGCGACAAGCAUGAUCCAGGCGUUCAAGAUUAUCCAGCAACGCGAGGGCCUCCGUGGUUUCUGGCGGGGUCUGACGCCGCGCAUCUUUACGCAUAUGCCCUCCAAUGCCCUGUGCUGGCUGUCCUACGAAGGCUUCCGCUUCAUGCUCCGGGAUCAAGGCUAUGUCCACUGA